AUAAUAUUAUGUGGUGUGGUGGUGGGGAGCGUAGUGAAUGGAAGAAGAAUUAUCUAUCCGUUGAGAGUUCGCGUUGGCAUCGACGUUUCCAUGGAAGGGUUGGCGCUUCUUCCAUUUGCACAGUCACAAUUCCUCUUACCGCUUCCAAAGGUUGCCGCCAUUCCCAGUCCACACAAUAGUAACACUAAUGAUAAUAAUACCAAUGGAUUUCUGUCUCUCAGACCGCACCGUCGACGCGGGUUUCGUUUUCGCGCUUCAUUGUUUUCCAAGGCACAUGGUGUUCAUCUUCCCCAACACCACCAACAACAGCAGCAACAAGUCACGGUGAAUCCCAAUUCUGUGAGUGGGGAUUCCAUACGUCAGAGAUUUCUUCAUUUUUAUGCUUCCCGCGGUCACAAGCUUCUUCCCAGCGCUUCUCUUGUCCCCGAUGAUCCCACUGUUCUGCUCACCAUCGCCGGGAUGCUCCAAUUCAAGCCCAUCUUCCUCGGCAAGGUUCCAAGACAAGUACCUUGUGCUGCUACUGCACAGAGAUGCAUCCGUACUAAUGAUAUUAACAAUGUUGGCCUGACUGCCAGACAUCAUACCUUCUUUGAAAUGCUUGGAAACUUCAGCUUUGGUGAUUACUUCAAAAAACAAGCUAUUCUAUGGGCGUGGGAGCUUUCCACCUCAGAGUUUGGUUUGCCCCCGGACCGAUUGUGGGUUAGUGUUUAUAAAGAUGAUGAUGAGGCUUUUCAGCUAUGGUCUAAUGAGGUUAGCUACAAAUUGUUUUCCUCGACCGUCAUCUUAUUUACUUACGUAACUAACUUCUGUUUUGACUGGCGAACAUUUGACAAAGCGCAUUGGAUUAUUGUUCCUAUUGCUUACUUGAUUUCCGUGCAGGUUGGUGUCCCAGUUGAACGCAUAAAAAGGUUGGGAGAAGAAGAUAACUUCUGGACUAGUGGGGUGACAGGUCCCUGUGGUCCUUGCUCAGAAAUUUAUUAUGAUUUUCAUCCUGAGAGGGGAUAUGUAGAUGCUGAUCUCAAUGAUGAUACAAGGUUUAUAGAGUUCUACAACUUAGUAUUCAUGCAAUACAACAAAAAGGAUGAUGGUUCUCUUGAACCUCUAAAACAGAAGAACAUAGACACUGGUCUUGGACUGGAGCGUUUGGCUCGUAUUCUUCAACAGGUUCCAAACAAUUAUGAAACUGACUUGAUUUUCCCCAUCAUAGAGAAGGCCUCUAAGUUAGCAAAUGUUUCGUAUGGUUUUGCUGAUGAUCAGACAAAGAGGAAUCUGAAAAUUAUAGGAGAUCACAUGCGUGCAAUUGUAUUUCUCAUCUCUGAUGGAGUUGUCCCAUCAAAUGUUGGGAGAGGUUAUGUAGUUCGGCGGCUUAUUAGAAGGGUUGUUCGUACAGGCAGGUUGCUUGGUAUAAAGGGUGAUGGUAGGGGAGACCUUGAAGGAGCGUUUUCACCGAUUAUUGCUGAGAAGGUAGUGGAAUUAAGUACACAGAUUGAUGCUGAUGUAAAGAACAAAGCACCUCGUAUCUUUGAGGAGCUGAAGAGAGAAGAGCUUCGGUUUGUGCAUACACUGGAGAGAGGAGAAAAGUUGCUUGAGGAGAAACUUUCUGAUGCUUUAUCAAAUGCAGAAAGAAAUGGAACUGUUCCUUGCUUGGCUGGCGAAGAUGUGUUUCUGUUGUAUGAUACUUAUGGAUAUCCAAUGGAAAUAACCAAAGAAGUGGCUGAAGAACGUGGUGUGAGUAUUGAUAUGGAUGGUUUUGAUAUUGAGAUGGAGAAGCAAAGGCGUCAAUCUCAAGCUGCUCAUAAUACUGUCAGACUUGCCAUUGAAAAUGGGGGAAAUGUUGCAGAGAAUGUACGUGACACCGAAUUUAUUGGAUAUGACAGACUUCAUUGUAAAGCAAUGAUAGAAAGCUUAAUGGUGAAUGGAAAUCCAGCUGUACAGGUCAGUGAAGGGAGUAAUGUGGAAGUUUUACUGAACAAGACUCCAUUUUAUGCUGAAUCAGGGGGUCAAAUUGGCGAUCAUGGUUUUCUAUAUAUUUCAGAGGGUGAUAAUCAACCAAAAGCUGUUGUGGAGAUAAUAGAUGUUCAGAAAUCUUUAGGCAACAUAUUUGUGCACAAGGGUACAGUCCAAAAGGGUGUUGUAGAGGUUGGCAAAGAAGUGGAAGCAGCAGUUGAUCCGAAGCUGAGGCAGCGAGCUAAGGUUCAUCAUACUGCUACUCAUUUACUACAAGCUGCACUUAAAAAGGUUAUUGGUCAGGAGACCUCACAAGCUGGUUCGUUGGUGGCAUUUGAUCGUCUCAGAUUUGAUUUCAACUUCCACCGACCACUUCGUGAUAGUGAGCUUGCUGAAAUCGAACUGCUGAUCAAUGGAUGGAUUGAGGAUGCAACGCUACUUCAAAACAAAGUGAUGCCCCUUGCUGAUGCAAAAAGUGCUGGGGCUAUUGCAAUGUUUGGAGAAAAAUAUGGAGAAGAGGUACGUGUGGUAGAGGUUCCUGGUGUAUCAAUGGAACUAUGUGGUGGGACUCAUGUAAAUAAUACUUCUGAAAUUCGUGGCUUUAAAAUAAUAUCAGAACAGGGUAUUGCAUCUGGAAUCAGGCGAAUUGAAGCUGUAGCUGGCGAAGCCUUCAUUGAAUAUAUCAAUGCCCGUGACUUUUAUCUAAAGCAGCUAUGUUCCACUCUCAAAGUUAAACCAGAAGAAGUGACAACAAGGAUCGAAAACCUUUUGGAGGAGUUACGGGUAGUUAGAAAUGAAAAUUCUGCUGUGCGUGCAAAGGCAGCAAUCUACAAAGCUUCAGGUAUUGCGAGCAAAGCAUUGUUGGUGGGGAAUUCAAAACAGUACAGGGUGCUAGUUGAGUCCUUCGAUGAUGUUGAUGCUGAAUCACUUAAAAGUGCCGCAGAAUAUUUACUGGAAACACUAACAGAUCCAGCAGCCGUGAUACUGGGCUCAUGCCCAGGUGAGGGGAAGGUUAGCCUAGUUGCUGCUUUUUCUCCAGGGGUGGUUGAUCAGGGGAUUCAGGCAGGUAAAUUUAUUGGACAAAUUGCAAAAUUAUGUGGCGGUGGAGGAGGUGGAAGGCCCAAUUUUGCUCAGGCAGGUGGGAGGAAGCCUGAAAAUUUGUCAAGUGCCCUCGAUAAGGCUCGGUCAGAACUCAUGGCUACUCUAAGUGAAAAAGGGAGUUGAAUUAUUAUACGCUUACCAAAUCUUGUUAUGCUAAAGCAACAGAAUAUAUCGAUUCUCGUUGUCUCGAGAAUACAUCACAAAUCACAAGAUUAAAGGGUUGGAAGCGUAAGUAAAAGUAUUCUGGCAAUUCCAGUGGCAUGUAAUGGAAGUUUCAAAAUAGUAUAGAGCUAGUAAAAUGUUGGUUAUUAGUGUGACUUUAUUCUUCUGACAAACUGGUAUGGUACGCAUUCACACAAUCCAACUUGUAAAUUUUGGCAUGCGCAUCUAAGAUUGGGUGCAGGAUGUAAAUGCAAACACUAUAUACAUGAAAGAUAGUUUUGAUAGUGAACGA